GAAACAAAACGCGACAAAUCGUCAACAAAACAAGCACACGAAAUAUUAAUGAAAGAAGAAAAACGAAUUAAACUAUGAAGCAAAGGUUGAAAACACAAACAAAUUACAAGUAUCGUUUCGCGUGAAUAUAUCUCGGGUCUUUGUUCAGUUGUUCUUAGUAGUUUGUUGCAUUCGAACGUGUUGUGUGUAAUUUUUGAUGUAAAAUUAUUUUAUUGUGUCAAAACAAAGACAAGAAAAUAACAAAACAAAUUUUACGAUAGAUUCGAGUGAAAAGUGACAAAUUGAUUGUAAACAUUAUCAUCCACAAAAAUUGUUUUCCAUUUCUACAUCAAAAUGAUAGGAUGGUAAAAUCCUAUCGAUUUUGCAAUUGAUUUGAAAGAGAGAAAGAAAUUUACACACAAAAAAAGACAACGCCGUAAAUCUGUACGAGUCAGUUUUCCGACAACGUCCAUUCGUCCGAUUUCGUGAAUCAGAAGAAAGAAAAAACUUUCGUGAAUCAAAGGGAAAAAAUCGAAGAAAAACCGCAAAAAUCAGAUUUUAUCGUUUUACCAAAUGUUUGACUAAUAUUGCUGGCAUUUGAGGGGCAAUUAUUCUCGGUUCUAUUUUCAAAUCGGCCAAAGAAAAGUCAAAGUUCAACGAUCAAUAUUCAAACUACGAAAGAAAGUAGCCAAUGAUGUGGGAAAAACAGUUGAGUGCAUUAAAACCAGGCUCAUCACCAAUUGAUUGGUGUGAAGGCAACUAUCAAGUCUCAGCAAACAUUGCUGAAUUCGUAAACACACUGAGUAAUUUCUUGUUUUUGUUGUUGCCACCGCUUUUGAUUCAUUUAUUCCGAGACUAUGGCCAUUUCAUCAAUCCUGGCAUCCAUUUGGUUUGGGUACUUAUGAUUGUAGUUGGCCUGAGCUCCGCAUAUUUCCACGCAACACUAAGUCUUAUCGGUCAAUUGCUUGACGAAGUAGCUAUUUUGUGGGUGUGUGCCGCCGCUUUUUCACUAUUUUUCCCAAAAAAAUUCUUUCCACGAUGUUUCAACGGAAACCGGAAAAUAUUCGGCACAGUGAUGGGUAUGUGUGCUGCCGUUUGUACAAUGUUAACAUUUUGGGAACCGGCGGUCAAUGCAUUUGCACUAAUGCUGCUGGUGAUUCCAACAUUCAUGCUACUGUACUCAGCUAUCAAACAAGAGCGUUCGCAGCGUGUCUACCGGCUUGGAUUGCGCAGUGCGCUGGUAAUGGCAUUGGCCAUUGUGUGCUGGUUACUUGAUAAAUUCUUCUGUGAUACUGUGCUCGGCGAAAAAUUCCCAUACUUGCACGCAUUGUGGCAUGUGUUGAUUUUCAUCUCGUCAUACACGGCUUGUGUCCUAUUCGCAUACUAUGCCGUCAAGGAGGAAUAUACAAAUCGUAUACCCGAUCUCCGUUAUUGGCCUGUCAACGAAUUCGAACUGGGAAUUCCGUUUGUUUCCAUCAAAUGCUAUUAUAACGAUGAAAAACGUAAUAUUUAACUCGAAAGUGAGACACAUAGCGUGCACUAUGUGUGAAACGGAGUAGAUGAAAAGUAAAAAAAAGACUAGUUGAUAUCUCUCUUUGAUUAGCAGAGGCGUAGAAUGUAAAAUCAUCAACAACAACAAAAUAAAAAAAAACUGAUGGCUUUGAAAGACACAUAUUGUAGAUAAGACUUCAUACAGACAACACAUUUCAAUUGACAAAAUGAACGUGGAAUUCGUUCGUUUGUAAUUUGUAGACAUGUAUUGGACAAGUGUGUUUAUUUCGAACAAAUUUUAUGAGUAUUAUAUAUUACGUAGCAAUUAUAAAAUUGUAUUAUUACUAGAGAAUGUGCAAAUUUAGCAUCCCUUAUGUUAUGUGGGAGAAAGAGUUAAUGAAUUGUUUUAAUGAGAAUUAAGGGACGAUACAUAUUUAUGAUUGAUUCAAUGAUUUGAUAUACAUUCAAUUGCAACGGUCAACAUUUCACAUUUGUUUUGGUACUUAAAUUAUUGUUUUUAUUCGACAUUUUCAGACAAUUCCCCAUUUAAACUACAUUUUCAUAAUCUUGAUCUAUUGAAAAUGAAUCAUAUAUUAUUUAUUUGUAUAGUUUUUGAGCUUCCAUGAUAAAAAUAAAUAGAAUAUUUGCAAUAAACAUGCAUCAAUUACCACGGGACAUUAGAAUAUAUAAGUUAUUAUUCGAAUACAUAACAAACCAAUAAA